AUGGCCUAUGGCGAGCUCGUGUUCAUCCCGACCCCCGGCAUGGGCCAUCUCGUAUCAAUGGUUGAGAUGGCCAAGCUACUCGUCCACCACGACCCCCAACUCUCCGUAACCGUUCUCAUCAUAAAGUUUCUCCUCGACUCCGCCUUCAACUCGUACACGAACUCACUCGCCACCUCUGUGGACGCUGCCCGCAUCCGCUUUGUCCACCUCCCGCGUGUGAACAUAGACACAGAUCUCCGCCGGCAACUUGCCCACUUUCUUUAUGGAAAGCAACAAGCCUCACGCCAAGCGGGCUGUUGCGGAACCACCAACUCGGCCGGCUCAAACAGGCGGCUGGUGGGGUUGCUUCUCGACAUGUUCUGCACCACCAUGACUGAACUGGCUGACGAGGUCGGAGUCCCUUCCUAUGUAUUCUUCACGUCAAGCGCAGCGUUCCUUGGCCUGAUGCUGCACCUCCAGUUGCUCCAAGACGAGCAACGCUUGGAUAUAACUGAAUUCAAGGACUCGGCCAUUGAGUUGGACUUCCCGAGUUUUGAGAAACCAUUGCCAGCCAAGGUCUUAUGCUCUGUAGUUUUGAUGAAGAAGUCGGUCCGAACGUUCCUGGAGCACGCCAAGAUGAUGAGAGGGACCGGGGGAAAUGUCAUAAAUAUGUUCGAUGAGCUCGAACCGCAUGCAGUGGCAUCCUUUGCAGGCCCAUACUGA